AGGACAGAGUACUCUAGCACCGUCCAAUUACAAAACACUUCUUCCAGGCAGAACGCUCCCCAACAUGGCUGCUGUUGCUGCUGUACAGUAAAGGCUCAGAAGUGCAUUUGUAUUCGAAAGAAAAACAUAAUUUUCAAAAAGGAUAUCAAUAACGACCUAAAAAAUUACGAGGCCUCUACAUGAAUGUUAUGAAGAGGAUCCCUGUGCAGCACCUGAGCAACAAUUAACCCUCCAAACAAAACCCCCACAGUUCCCUGCUUCUCUCUGCUGGUCCCUGCAGGUGUGGGCGUGCCUCCUGUCACACUGGCAGAGGAGGUGGGGCAGGAGGUGUUGCCAGGUGGAGGACCAAGGCUGCACCCUUCUGCCAUCUCCAUUUUCCUCCGUCCAUAUCUGAAUUACUUCAUCUGCAGCUUCUACAGGCAGCGGGCCGAGAGCCUCCAGUGUGCGGUGUCCAGAUUUAGACAUUGCAGAGCGGCACUGACGGGGCUCCGGCAGGUGGUUUUGGCUGGUUGAGGAGCAGAGCAUGUUGAGUGGUUGCGGUUGCCAUGGAACAGCAGGAUAAGAAGCAGGAAGAGGAUGCUGGGACUCUGGGCCUGUCGACAGGCCAGGCUCUUUUCAAACUCCGGGACCAGCUCAGCAGCCUGCUGGAGCAGCACCAAAGGGCUGCGCGCAGACCUGCCUCUGCACAGGAACAGUGGGUGAAUAGCUUUCUUUACCAUGGCAACCGUCACUCCUGUCUCCAUUGGCCAGGAGCUGCCCUCACUCUACUGGUGGUGCUGGGACUCUUUUGUUGCCAUGGCAGCCAGCCAAAGGGCAGUUCUGGUAUAGAGCUGGUGAACGCUGCAGCCCUCCUCCUUCUCCUGCUGCUGAACGUGCUGCUGGUCGGACGCCAGGAGCGGCUGAAGAGGUGUGAGAUGGUUCGGCGUCUCAAGGGCAUCAUCACACAGCUGAGCGACUAUCUAUCAGGGUGUGUGGCUGACGUGCAGUGGUCUCCAUCUAUGUACCCUGAUCUGUACACACCCUCGUCCACAUCAUGGUCCCUGCACUGGACCUACCGUGACUCCCAGUUGGUUAACCUGCCUGUCAGUCUGCUGGUGGAGGGAGACAUCAUCGCUCUGAGACCUGGCCAAGAGGCGUUUGCAUCCCUCAGAGGCAUUAAGGAUGAUGAGCACAUUGUGUUGGAGCCAGGAGAUUUAUUCCCCCCUUUCUCCCCUCCUCCUUCCCCACUGGCCAAUGAGAAGAGAGGACCCCAGAGCCCCCAGCAGCACCGUCUCUUCAGAGUGGUACGGACUCCAGUACUGGACAUAGUCAGGAACAGUUUGGAGUUGGCGUUGGCUCGACCAAUCACAGUGCUAGAUAAUGAGAGGUUUACAGUGCAGUCGGUUAUCGCCAAGCUGGUCUGUCCAGUCGUUCUGGUGGCAUUCCUGCUAGUGAACACUAUCCGCUAUUUUUGUGAUGCUCCCAGCCUCACCCCCGCCUGCUUCAAUUUCUUUCAACUUCAGUUGAUGGGUGUUUUGCCCAUCUUGCCCUUGCUCUUCCCUGUUAUGUGGGUGCUGUUGAAUGCCUUCGGAGAGGCCAGGGUCCUCGCGGAGUUCAGCCGCGCAUCACCAGCUGGUUUGCUUGCUAAGUUCUCUGAGGACACUCUAAGCAGCUACACCGAAGUGGUUUCCUCCAAGGAGUUGCUGCGUUGUGUGUGGAGACACCUGGUUGGCGUCCUGAAGGGAGAGUCUCAGACACUCUGUUAUACGUCCAGCCUUUUACACACUCUAGGAUCUGUCACUGUGCUGUGUUGUGUGGACAAGCAGGGUAUCCUGUCAUGGCCUAACCCCAGUCCAGAGACUGUGCUGUUCUUCAGUGGACGAGUGGAGCCACCUCACAACAGCCAGGAUGAUCUCCGAGACGACCUGUCUGUCAGCUCCUACUGCCGAAUGGAGACAGAUGACGACAGGGAUGAGGCCCAGGAGGCGGAGGCUCUGCUCUGUCUACCAGCAGAACCCCGUCUGGGGGACGGGCCGGAGCCCAGUGAGACGUCACAUGACACUGCUCGCUCGUCUGACACAUUGCGGCUGCGGCGCACCUGCCAACCUGCACACACUCGCACCAAACACCACUCGGGAUCCAACGUGAGCUUCAGCCAUGACGUUGAGGGGGGCGAGGAUGACCAGGCCCAGGACUUUGCAAUGGGCUGCCCGGAGGCGGAGGCCGAUGACUUUGUGUGCGACUACCACCUGGAGAUGCUGAGCCUGUCGCAGGACCAGCAGAACCCAGCCAGCAUCCAGUUCGACGACCUGUCCUGGCAGUGCCACCUGCCGUCCCUCAAGCCGCUGGGCCUCAACAUCAUGCUGAACCUCUGCAACGCCAGCGUCACCCAGCAGCUCUGCCGCUUCUCUGACCACCUGUCCAACCUGGCUCUGCAGGAGAGCCAUGGCACCGUGCUGCCCGUCUGCGUCCCCUGGGGGCUCUGUGAGCUCUCCAGGCUCAUAGGGUUCACUCCUGGUGCGAGGGAGCUGUUUAAACAGGAGAACCACUUGGCUCUGUACCAACUGCCAUCAGGAGAAAAGACAAAGGAGUUCACUUCCCGCCGCCUUCAUUACUUCACCAAACGCCAGCCUCCCAUCUCCCACCUUAUCUCCCUGUUUGUUCGAGACUCUUCCUCCAAUAACGUCCAGAUGCUGUCCCAUGGCUCGGCCGACCUUAUCCUGGAGUCCUGCACUGACUUCUGGGAUGGAACUGAUAUCUAUCCCCUCUCAGGCUCAGACAGAAAGAAGGUUCUGGACUUCUACCAGCGUGCCUGUCUGUCAGGUUACUGCUCUGCAUUUGCCUAUAAGCCCAUGCAGGUAUCCUUGUCCAGCCAACUGAAUGGGAAGUGUGUGGAGCUGACCUGUGGUCCCUGCCUCUUCUCCGGAGUGGAGCUGCCCUCCACCACCCCCAUCAAACACAACUCCUGCAGGAACAGCUGGAGCUCCGACGAGGGUAUAGGUGAGGGUGUGGAGCGCGACGACUGUGUUCAGGCCCUCAGUGGGCAGAUCUUCAUGGGCAUGGUAUCGUCCCAGUUCCAGGCGAGGCUGGACACCGUGCGGCUCAUCGAUGCCCUCGUCACCGCCUGUAUCCGGUUCGUUUACUUUUCCAUGGAGGAUGAGCUGCGCAGCAAGGUUUUUGCAGAGAAGAUGGGUUUAGAGACAGGCUGGAACUGUCACAUCUCUUUGACUCCAAACGGAGACAGUCCUUGUGAUGGAGCUCCAUCCAGCCCCGGUCACGGCUCCCUGCACGAAGAUUCCCGGGAUGAAGCCGAAGGUCCACUGCUGCCAGAGGAGGAAGCCCACUCUGACCUGGCCAGUUUCCAGCCCACAGACAGCGACGUGCCCAGCUUUCUGGAGGACUGCAACAGGGCCAAGUUACCUCGUGGCAUUCACCAGGUUCGUCCUCAUCUGAAGAACAUUGAUAAUGUGCCUCUUUUGGUGCCACUCUUCACUGACUGCACCCCUGACACCAUGUGUGAGAUGAUAAAGAUCAUGCAGGAGAACAGGGAGGUUACAUGCUGUCUGGGAAGCUCCGCCAAUUUCCGCAACAGCCGUCUGUUUCUACAGAGUAACCUCAGCAUUGCUCUGGACCCUCUGUACCCCUCUCAGUGUUCUUGGGAGACGUUCGGCUAUGCCACUGGAGGAGGAUUUAACGACCGAGACGCUGAAGGUCUGUCUCCUCUGAGGCUCUCGGGACAGCUCAACAGUCUGGGCUGCUCCGUCACCUUCCACCAAGGAGAGAGUGUCAGCAUGGUGAAGCUCAUAGAGCAGGCACGACACACAACCUACGGCAUCCGCAAGUGCUUCCUUUUCCUGCUCCAGUGUCAGCUCAGUCUGGUCAUCAUCCAGUUCUUAGCCUGUCUAGCUCAACUUCCUCCUCCCAUGAACACCACUGACAUCCUCUGGCUGUCCUGCUUCAGCUGCCCACUGCUAAGUGUGUCAUUUUUGGGGAAGCCACCAGACAGUUCAGUCAUGAACGUUGCAACAGGGAAGAACCUAGAUGCAAUUCCAAGAAAGACCCAGAACUACUUCCUUGGCUGUUUCCUGUUGAAGUUUGGCCUGACAGCGUGUGCCUACCUGCUGGCCUUUGGGUUCACCCUGCAGGAGAUCUGCCUCAGGAGCAGCAACUCCACUUUAGCUGACAACAGCACUGUCAACUGCCUUUAUAUACUCUCAGCCAGCUCUUCGGUUGACUCUCCUCACUGGUUCAGUGAGCUGUCCAAUGGCCUGCUGCUGACUCAAAAGGUCAUGGCAGGGUUCCUUGUCUUACACACGGUGGUGAUCUCCCUCAGCUAUGUGCACCGCUCUCAGUCUCUGUGGAGAAAGAGUCCCCUCAGCAAUACCUGGUGGUGUCUCACUGUUCCUGUGGUUCUGCUCAGUCAGGUUGUUCAGGCCACAGUGGAUUACCAGUUGUGGCGCGACCGGAGCAGCCUCCUGACCUUUAACCUGGGUGACAUACCCCUGCUGGCCUGGCUGCUGGUCUCUCUGUCACCACUUCUGGUGGUGGUGGUCAACGAAGUGGUGAAGCUACACGAGAUACGGGUGCGAGUUCGCUACCAGAAGAGACAGAAGCUGCAGUUUGAAACAAAGCUGGGGAUGAAUUCUCCAUUCUGAUGCGUUCCCUCUGAGGGAACUGGUGACGUGGCAAUACUGGGAACCAUUGGUUCUGGAACCAGGGUAGGGCAGGGUGCAAACCCUGCAGAACCCUUUGUUAACACUUCAACCCAACAGCACAGCAACCAUCAGCUGGAGCAGAUAUCAACCAGAUGUCACCGUGGGGGGUUUAUGACACAAAUGUUUAAGCUCCUGGGUCUGUUUUCUUUCAACAGUUGAUAUCCUAUCAGUUAUCUGAAGGGCAGGGUAAAUUCCAAAGCAUUCAUUUCCAUUUAAUAGAAAAGAGCCAAAAAUAGGCAAAUAUUAAUUGUCUGGUUUUGUUCGUUUUAACGGCAUGAGGAAUGUUUUCUAAAGAGGUUUAUGCUUUCUCACGAACGCUUCUGUUCUCCAUCUCUGAGAGACCCUCAUCUCCAGGAACACCCCAGACCCACAAACAAAGGAUGUUUUAGUGAAGUUCCUUUUUUAAUGUCACCCAAUGAGACACAAAUCAAAUUGUCCUAUCAUUUGAGCAGUCCAGCCUUCAUUCACAGGAAAAGCACAUAGUAACUGUUGAGCCCCAAAGUAUUCAAUAUAAACAAGGCCCCCGGCCUCUUAAGCUAGCAAGCUCAACAACAGCUACCAGAUGUAGCCAGUUAGCCCCUGUUAGCUAAAGCAACAACAAAGUAAUUCUGAAUAAACUAUCUAGCUGCUGCUGUAAAAUAACAGUACACAGACACAUUAACUACCAUCUCCUUUUAUUUAUUUAGCCGCACAUGCUACUUACCUAGUUGGCUAACUAGCUAGGUGGGGUUGUGAGCUUUGUUUUAUUACUGUGCAUGAGACGGUGCUAACGGCAGCAGCAAACAUUAGCCGUUAGUUAAUUCAAAGUAACUUCUGCCACAUUUUAGUUCGAAAGAUGUUCCUCAGAAAUAGCACAGAAUGGCAGGCAGUCUCACAGGAGCUAGCUGACCAAUAAUCUAACCUCACACAAAGUCCUUGCUGGUUAGCCAGCUAGCUAGGUAGCAUGAGCAGACAAAAAGUAGCAUGAGCAGCUUAAGAGCUGAAGAGGCUAAAGAGGUUUAGUUUCUGUGUACUGUGUUUUUAGUUUUUACAGCAGCAGCUAGUAAAUUGAUUCACUUUGACAUUGUUGGUGCUGUAGCUAACAGGAGCUAACAGCUAGCUAACAGUAGCAGUUGUUGAGUUUGCUAGUUUAAGCGGCAGGGGGGUACCUAAAAGGUGAGCGGAUUGUGACAAUACUGUCACUACCCGAUGUGAGUUGCGCAUGCUCAGAUUUAAACGGUUUACGGCAUAACGCCAAUGGAUCCGAACGCUGAAAAGUAAGCCACAGGGGAAGAACGUGAUUGGUCAAAAGUAAGUCACAGGGGAAGAACGUGAUUGGUCAAAAGUAAGUCACAGGGGAGAAACGUGAUUGGCUAAUGUGGGCUUACUUUGGGCUUACUUUAGCGAAGUUGACAGGAUACAGCGAGAGGUAGCGGGAUCGAUGCCCGCAUC